AUGAAGAGUUCAAAUAUUGCCGCUAAAAAUGUCUUCACUGUGUUUCUUCUUAUGAUGGGAGCAGUCAAUGCAGAGCAUCGUGUGCUUCUGAGGCGAGCUCCCGACAACUGGCCUAUCAAAACCGGGUAUGUUGCCUUCGGUGACUCGUUCGGUGCAGGUAUGGGCACUGGCACCACUUCCUCAGAUGCAUGCCGAGUUGGAUCCAACAACUUCGGCGAUCUCUUAUAUAAGUGGACCAACAACGAUCGAGUGGACUUCCAGAGAAAGGUCUGCUCCGGCGAUACGACCGUGGGCCUCAAUCGCCAAAUCGAUGAAUGGAAGAAUCCACGAAAAGCUGAUAUCGCAACCGUUUCUGUUGGAGGUAACGACCUAGGUUUUAGCAACAUGGUUUACUACUGCAUUCUUACCUUCAAUCACUUUUUGUUUCCUUGGACACUUAGAAAGGAGUGUAAAGACGCUAAAGACAAGGCUAGACGUUUGAUGGAAGAUCGGGGCGACGGUGGCUUGCGGAGUAAGCUGAAGAAAGCAUACAAGAAGAUACUUGACAAAUCAGGAAGAGAUGAUUUCCACCUUUAUGUCACCGGCUAUAUUGGAUUUUUCAACCAUGACGACCCUGACUGUGACAAAACGACAUUUGAUUACUGGUGGGCUGGAUACAAUCCAUCUUGGGAUCCGAGAAUUGUUUACUUGACAAAACCUGUUAGAAAAGAGCUCAAUGAUCUUGUUGGCCAGUUGAACGAUGUGAUACGCGGUGCGAUUGAUGAUGCUAAUAAUGAGCACCGAAGCAACCAAGUGCACUUUGUGGAUGUUGGUAGCAAAUGGGCAAAUCAUCGGUGGUGCGAGGCUGGUAACUUUCACGAGCCAGAUCCUGGUCGCAAGGACACCUGGUUUUUCUUGAGCGGCUGGCCAGAUGUUGAAAUCGAGGGUGCAUCCAUUCAGUCUGGGAUAAAUCAAGAACAGAAUGAAAUAAAAGCUCUUGUAAACGCUGGAAAAGUUGAACUUCCUGAUCACAAAACCUGCGGUUCAAUGUUGGGUUCUGAUCCGGAUCCUUGGGCUAACUGGCUGUGCAAUACGGCGAAGGAUGUCGCAAAAUACCCAAAUGGCGAGACUGCGAAACGUCUAAAAAUGGCUAACGAGGAGAUUGCCAAAAAGGAUUUCAAGGGUCAACACAUUCCCUCGUAUACACCUACAAGACAAAUUAAAACCUUCCAUCCUCGGAGCCCAGGCAUGGUGGCAUAUCGUGACAAAAUCAUUGAGACUAUUCAUGAUGUUCAGAUUAAUACGAAGUCUUCUGGAACGUGCAAGCUCGCCAUUACCCAGAUUUGGACUUGUGAAGCUGCCGACAAGAACCUCUAUGCUCGAGUUCAACUUACAGGCUCAGACGGCAAGGUCUUCUACACUACUCAACAGUCUGCCCAUACCCCAGGCCUGUCUAUCAACAACAGUAAUCCUCUAAAAAUAAAACAAAGUAACAUGCGCUAUGAAUUGAAGAUUAUUGGAGAGCACAAAAAUGAUUAUAUCCAGUUUUACUACGGCAAAACUGCCUGGACGUCCGGAACCUCGAAUGGCGAAGCUAGAUGCAAGCUUAAAGGCAAGGAUUGGGACAAAAAAGGGCCAGGAGCUUGUCCAACCGCAGCAUUCAGCCGUCAAUUUGAUUGCGAGUAUCCAUGUUGA